AUGGUAUCAGAGCGGUUCCAACCUAUCUCCUAUGUCGCCGUCGUCACUGGUGGAGCAGAUCAGGGAGAGCGCACCACUCCGCAGCCAACUCAGUCGCCGAUCCAUGCGACUUCGUCGACGAUUCCGCAGGGAAAUCCUAUUCCACAAGCACAAAGGAGCUAUGGUGUUGAAGAUGUGAGAAUCCAGGUGAAAAAUAAAUGGUGGAUUAUAGACAGUAGCAUUGCAGCGCCUAACAGUGAGGAUAAUCGAUAUGGACUUUGGAGACGAUGUAACCUAAUGCUAUGCUCAUGGAUCUUCCGAUCUGUGCAUCCUUCCAUUGCACAGAGUGUUAUGCACCUUGAAAACGCCAGGGAUGUUUGGAACGAUUUGAAGAGACGCUUUGCACAGUGUGAUGCGCAGCGAAUAUCAGCACUGCAAAAUGACAUCUAUAGCUUGAAGCAGGGAUCUCAGUCCGUUAGCGAUUACUAUACGAAGUGUCGGAUCAUGUGGGAGGAGAUGAAUACUUUGAGGCCACUCCCGCUAUGCAAGUGCGGUCUAGUUGACGAGAUCAGGAAGGAGCGUGAGGUUGAUCAGGUGAUUCGCUUCCUUCAAGGUUUAAAUGAUGAUUUCAAUACUUUAAAAUCUAAUGUUCUUAUGUUGGAUCCGUUACCGGAAGUAUACAAAAUAUAUGUUAUGGCUGAGAAAUUGGAGAGGCGGAUUAGCUUGAUGAAAUUAAACAUAAAUAAUUUUGAGAUCAGCCAUGCUAAUUCCAUCCAAGCUACUGAGAUGGUUCAGAACUCCAGUGAUGAUUUGGUUGCUGCAAUUAACACUUUCAAUGGUAAGAAAUACACAAACAAUGGAGGAAGCAAACCUAAAUGCAGUUUUUGCGGUAUGAUUGGACACACCGUCGACAAGUGCUACAAGAAACACGGCUACCCCCGGGGUGGGUGCCGGGCUUCAAAUCCAAAGUCAAGCAGCAAGGAGCAGCUUCUGUUAUGA